AAAGUGAUUCUGAAAUUGGAGUAUUUCGACGAGAAAAUCAAGCAAAAGGCCAUGAAAAAAGUGUCUGGUCUUGAAGGAGUUGAAUCAAUUUCAAUAGAUUCAAAAGAGAAGAAAUUAACAAUAACAGGGAACAUAGAUCCAGUUUCACUAGUUUCCAAAUUGAGGAAGCUUUGUCACACUGAUAUAGUCUCUGUUGGACCAGCAAAAGAGCCUGAGAAAAAGAAAGACGACGGUGCCAAAAAAGAUGAAGGGGCCAAAAAGGAUGACGGCAAAAAAGAAGAUGCUAAAAAAGGGGAUGACAAAAAGGGAGGAGACGAUAAGAAGAAAGAAGAAGCUCCUCCAGUAAUGAAAGCUUUUCCAGCUCCUAUGUUGUAUCACUAUCAGCAUCCUUAUCAACAUUAUCAACCCCCUGUUCCUGCUUAUUAUCACCAUCGAAGCGUCGAAGAAGAUCCAAAUUCUUGUGUUAUCUGCUAAGCUGAUAUUCAUGAUGGAUUUGUUUCAUAUCAUGUUAUCACUAUUAAUAUAUAUUUCCUCUGAGUUUUGAGAGUAAUUAAGAACAAAAAU